UCCGCUCACACCUCCACACAUAGAAAAUCACUGGUGUUGGUGAGCGACAGGGACCGAGAGUGGAGCCGCGAGACAGGGACAGAGACACAUACGCAAGGAGACACGGACAGAUACACGGAGGCUGCUUCAGGAGGGGACACUACGGGGAUAACUGCUGACAUGGAAGUGUCUGUUUGACCACCAGCUCCGGACACAGGCGCGCUUCUCCAACAGGUCUACCUCAGCCGCAAGCAUGUCGACGGUAGAAGGAGCCGGGCAGCGCGAGGAAGGGGAGUACGGAAGGGCGGCAAAGCGGCUAAAAACGGAGGAGAGGGAGACAGAGGCGGAGGAGAGAGAGGAGGGGGAAGAGGAGCUGGAGGAGGGGGAGGAUUCGGACUCCGGCUCGCUGCCCGGUAACGGAGAGCCAGCGGCGGAUAACCGGGCCCGGUGGAGCGCCAGCCAAUACGGAGCAGGAGGACGGAGGGAUAAUGGUGAGGACUCCCAUCGUAUCUCUCCCAGCCCUGUGGUCCAUGUCAGGGGUCUGUGUGAGGCCGUAGUGGAAGCAGACCUGAUAGAUGCCCUGGAGAAGUUUGGACCCAUAUGUUAUGUGAUGAUGAUGCCAUUCAAGCGCCAGGCCCUGGUGGAAUUCUCAGCAGUGGAGAGCGCCGACCGUUGUGUGUCCUGUGGAGCCAAGGAGCCUGUUUACAUUGCAGGCCAACAGGCCUACUUUAAUUACUCCACAUCCAAGAGAAUCACCAGGCCGACCAACGCUGACAACCCCAACAGUGGCAACAAGGUCCUCCUCCUGUCCAUACAGAAUCCCCUCUAUCCUAUAACCACGGAUGUUCUGUACACAGUGUGUAACCCCAUCGGCAGUGUGCUGAGGAUCGUCAUCUUUAAACGGAAUGGAAUCCAGGCCAUGGUGGAGUUUGAGUCCGUUCAGUGCGCUCAGAAGGCCAAAGCUGCUCUGAACGGGGCUGACAUCUACGCUGGUUGCUGUACACUUAAGAUUGAAUAUGCAAGGCCAACACGUCUGAACGUGAUUAAGAACGACAACGAGAGCUGGGACUACACUAAACCUUACCUGGUCAGACGAGACCGUGGAAAGGGCAGGCAGAGACAGGCCAUUUUAGGAGAACACCCAUCAUCCUACAGUGAUAACGGCUAUGGUCCACCCUGCCCCCUGCUGCCUCUGCCCGGCAACAGCAGGUACAAACUCACCUCAGUAGACGUUCCAGACAUGGUGUCCUACCCUCUGCCCCAGUCAUCCUCCUCGUACUCUGGCCACGCCCCUAGCUCUGUAGCCAUGGUGAGCGGUCUGCAUCCAUCCAAGAUGAACUGCACCCGCAUCUUCAACCUCUUCUGCCUCUACGGAAACAUUGAGAAGGUAAAGUUUAUGAAGAGUGUUCCUGGUACAGCAUUGGUUGAGAUGGGAGAUGAGUAUGCUGUGGACAGAGCUAUCACACACCUCAACAGCAUCAAGGUGUUUGGCAAGAGACUCAACGUUUGUGUGUCUAAGCAGCACGCAGUGAUCCCCAGUCAGGUGUUUGAGUUAGAGGACGGCAGCAGCAGCUAUAAGGACUUUGCCAUGACCAGAAACAACCGCUUCAGCAGUGCCGGACAGGCUUCUAAAAACAUCAUCCAGCCUCCUUCUGCAGUGCUACACUACUACAACGUUCCUCCAUGCAUAUCACAGGACCACCUACUGAGGCUGUGUACGGAGCAUGACGUGCCUGGCUUCGUCAAAUUCAAGAUGUUUGAUGCCAAACCCUCCUCUAAGACCAUCUCUGGCUUGCUGGAAUUUGACAGUAAGACGGAGGCUGUGGAGGUUCUUACUGUUCUCAACCACUACCAGAUCAGGAUACCCAAUGGGUCCAACCCAUACACCCUGAAGCUGUGUUUCUCCACCUCGUCUCAUCUUUAAAAAGUUGCAGAGCACAAGAAGAGGCUGCUGAGCCUGAUGGUGGCUGACCUCUGACCUGAGAGAGGGAGAGGGACCACGAGAGACAAGUGGAGGAGAUGUAAACAAAGAAAUGCGAAAGAAGAAGAGAAUGAGACAUAGGUGGCCUUUAAAGGUGAUGAAGACGACAGAAAGAGACGUGUUAAGUAGAGAGAAGACACCCAUCAUCCCACCAUCCAAUCACAACUCAACAAGCUGACAGACUAGUGACUGUGGGAAAUACUCUAAUAACGUGUUCAUAUUGUCAAGUAGGACAACUGGAGGACACCAGAAGUCUUCUCUGCAUGGUAAACUUGUCUUUGAGUGUGGACCUAGACAGACCCACUCUGAGGAAUCUACUGUACAAAUCCACUUCUAGUCCACUUCAGUGUUGGUCUCUAGAAUCAUCUGGGCACACAGUGACUGAAAUAUUAUUUUAUUCUUUAAAAAAUAUAAAUACAGCGUGUUGUUUUAAAAUGUCAUUGAACAAAUACUGUACAGUAAAUGUGGAUACAAUUUUAACAGUUCCCAUUUAGGGUUCAUACUUGAACUUUGGUCCUGGCAGCAGUGAGGCCUACAGAGGUGUCCCUCCACUAUUUAGUCAAGCACAUAGUGAGAUAACUCAACUACUAAGCAGUUGUUAAGUUUGCUGCGGAUAUUCGUGGUCCCCAGAGGAAGACUCUUAAUGGUUUUGGUGACUCUCUGACCUGACUUUUCCAGUGGAAGGUCCGGAUUUUCAGCCAACACUUUGGUGUAUGACAGGUAUCUGGAAAAUGAAUGACCAUGAAUAUUGGUCUUUCCAAAAAGAUGAAUUCUGAUGGCUUUAAAAAUCUACUGUUAUUUCUUUAGCCCCACCUUCAGCUUUCCCACCAUCACCAAAUGUUCUAAUCAAGACACGAGAAAUAUGAAAGAAAUAUCAAACUAAUGUGCACGUUGUCAUGAAAUUUGCUGAGCACAUUCAUUCUUCCCAGAGGAUAAGCUCUUUACACUUUGGACCCUCCGUGAUCUUCCCUCUAGCGCCAAAAUAUCAACUUUGCAUAUAAAGAUGUAACUGGCCAUGAAAGUUGCCCAGUCACAUUCAUGUUCCCAAAGAGAUGAUCCCUUUUGAUUUUAGAGGCAUACUGUGCAGGAUUUUUCUCUAGCUGUUUGUAAACGCCCCCCACUCCCCAACUCAUCUGAGAGCAGCAAUGAAAGCCUGAAAGCAGACAGAGAGCGCCAUUUCUGGGAACAAGGCAGGGAAUCAGAGAUGGAUUGUUUCACAGCGAUUUAUGUUCUAAAGCUGUGUUGUGGAGACAAAAACCUGCAGGAGGUGCGCAUUGUCGGAUUUUGCGCUGUGUAGCUCAGCUUAGGUCAACCAGACACACAGACUGCUGCGCUUUAUACAUUGCACGUUGCACCCUAACAGCAGCUACAGUAAGCAAAGUUGCGGCAGAGCAGCCAGAGGAUGUCAGAGGGAAAAUCAGAAAAUAUUUUCACCAUAAAAUGUGAUCCACUUUUACCCAAAUCACUGAUGAAGUAAAAGACCCCCUGCUGUUGCUAGCUAGCUAACUAAUGAACCUUAGCUGUCAGUAAAAGUUUAAGAUUGAUUGAUGGGUGGAUGUCAUGAUAUUGUUGGUUAAAAUGUAUUGGUUCACGUUAGCACACAUCACAUUUUGUUUUUUAUUUUAUUUCUCGCUAAUAAAUUGUUAAGUAGGUGUACAGUAUGACUGGGGAGGGGUUAAAAAGGCACUUUUAAUUUCAUCUCAACUUUAAGUACUGUUCCAUUAGUCUAUACAUUGUUUUGUCUUUUUAGGAAAAUCCAGCCUAGUAUGCCUUUAAUGCUUCUAUGACCGUUCCUCGAGCACCACCCUCAAGACAAAAGUUACAUUUUCAGCCACACUUCUGGUGAGGCUCUAAGAAUAGAGUGUCUAUAGAUUCAAAUCUGUAGGGGAAAUUCUUCCAUAAUAUUGAGAGUUGCUAGUUCUCUGAAGAAUUAUGAACCCAGUGUGAUGAAUCAAAUUCCGUUACUCAUGCUGCAUGGAGAGAAGACCACAGCAUAGAUGCUCUCCCCCGACUUCUAGAAUGCUUUGUCUUAUAUACACCUCUGUACAUCUUAAGACAGAAAACACCCCUGUUGUCCUAUUUAUAUUAAAAGUCCACAUAUGGGUGUGAGGUCUCUCACAGAAAUAGUCCUGUGAACUGACCCUAUCUUUGACCACCUACUGACCCUAUGUCUCUGACCACCUGCUGACCAGUCAUCCCCUACCAUAAACCCUCUAUAUAAACAUCUACUACCCAUCCAACAUUUUCCUGUACCACAGCGUCAUUACAGAAAACUGCCCUAACUGCUUGUUUCAAAGAUAGGAAAAAUCCCAUCUUUCUUUUACAGAAGCAAUUCCUGAAGUCAUCACAGCCAUCACAGACCUCCUAUUUUAUCUUAAGAAAUCCUAACUAUAAACAUGACUUCAAUCAGCACUCAUCCUGUCAUGCCUUGGCUCUGAUUGGUUGUUUUGGUUCAGGCCCGGUGGGUUCUUGCUAAUGCCAUUAGGAGCACUAGGAGGAGCCAGAGGAACCUGAUUGUUUCACACAUUAUCUGUCUCAUGUUCUACUGUCAGGAUAUAGUGAAAGCUUUAGCAAAUAUGAUGAAAACUUUUACAAAAAUUAGGUACUGCAGCUUUAAUACACAGUCCGGUAAAUGUAAAGCGUAAUCAUAUGCUUUGAGUGUCCUUUCAGUCAUAAUAUUUCGGUGUACAUGUCCCCCAUCUUCAUUGUCAUUGCCAUAUAGACAUAACAACAGUCUACGCCAUCCUAACUUAUGAAAUUUCAUUUUGGGCGCUUCUGUAAUAGCUAAAUUUCUAUCCUAAGAUGGAGACAUGUUUCUGUAAUACCAAAAAUCCUAAAUGUCCUAAAAUGAGAUAAGAUAGGAUUUCAGAUUGUUAUGAGGCCUCUGAACUGAAAGCAGUAUGAUGCAAGUUGAGCUGAGCGUGAUCCUAACCCUGCCUAACACAGUCUAGAUGCUUUGAGUAGAGUUAUUGGUCUUAAUGCACUAACCUGUCAAUGUUCAAGUCUGCCCUUUAAAGAAUAGUCCUUCUUUUUAUCAUUACUUCCUCAAUGUGACGUAUUUCCUCUGGAAACAGUUGGGGUGGGACAGUGACGGAUCAGUUACAGUAGAGAGGUAGGACUGUAGAAACAGUUCUGAUAACUUUAUUGGAUGGACUGCACAACUACUGUGAGACCAGUAUGUUAAAGUAGAACCAGGAAGUGGCUCUCCAGCUUGGGAAUUCAUUUUAACACUCCUUUAAAGUAGCCCAAUCUUACCUUCAAGCUCAGUAUAUAUCAAUUCCACCUUAAAAUCAGUCUGCGUGGAAGAUGCUCAUUUCCAAGAUACAAGUAUAUACGUAUUUGCACUGCACAUGGAAAACUACUGGAACUGCAUAAUAUUAGAGGACAUUUUGCUUUGUUAAACAGCAUUCAUUUUUAUUUUUUAUAAUCUGAUGCUUGUACAAGAUUUCUUUGUGUAUUUUGAAUAUAGUAUGUGAGUAAGUAGGCUACCUAAAAUCUGGAAGAUUCUUAUGGAGACACAGAGUGGACGACUGCACACUGGGCUUUGGUGAAGCUCUGUAACAGAAAGUAUAUUGUUUCUGCUCCUGCCUGUAUCUCAUAUAGGACAUACAGUUACUGCUUUGCUUUAGUACACUGGGAUCCAUCACACUUUGAAUUAAGGCAUGCUUUUUGUAAAUAUGUAUAUAAGGAAAGGUUGUGAAACGUUUGGACAGAUGCAGUUAAAUUAUUGCUUAUUUAGAUGUUGUUUGUAUGUCUCUUACAUCACUUGAAUCUUUCUGUAUUUCUAAGGAGGUUUUAUUUAUUCUUUUUUAAGUUUUUUUUUAAGCCUUUAAGGGUGUUUGAUGAAUGAGGGCUAUUGUUAUUCCGAAGCUGAUGUGAGUAUGAGACAGUUCCACAGAUAUCUCAAGAUUUUGAGGCUGUAAAGGUUUAAUGUUGUUAAUAGUCAGUAAUCACUAAGAAAACACUUUGAAAAAAAACUAUAUUGUUCCGUUCAUUUAAGAAUCUCUGUGGUUGUAACUUAUAUGUACAAGUUCAAAUUGAAUAAAUUCAGGUUUGGGGCUGUAAGGUCAGCUCCACUCAGCUCAACUCA